UAGGUGCUUUUGUUGUCAGUCUGAUUUCGAUCCAGAAUGGACGUCAUCUGAGCUCCGGUCGAUAUAUAUAUUCAAACAUAUAUAUGUUGUUUAUUUCACCAGACGGCUAAAAAAGUUACUCAAGGCACUCGACCAGCGUUCCAAUAACAUCUCAACAUUUCGGGCCAAGAACAGCAUAAUUCUCUACAUCCUUGAUUGGCAGAUAAUUGACUAUAUCCCCACAGCCAUUAAUCCGCAAUCCAAAACCCCAAUCCAAUCUCCAGCCACUCAAAAUUGAAAAGAAAAUAGAACCAAACUCCCAGCUGAUGUUGCAGAAAUGAAUCGCAAUCGCCUCAACCAGAUGAGGCAGUUCGAUCGUGCCCACGAUGGUCUUCAUCAGGUUAUUCAGAUGAAUAACGGGCCGGGAGGAGGGACAGGAGCCCACGACCUGGAUCAGGGAAAGAAUUCAGCCAUCACACAGGCUCAACAGUUGGCUUUGCGCCGCAAGACCAUGUACACCAGGACAGAGCUUCUGGCUCGUGGAUUGCCCACCACUCAAACAGUUCGCCGUUCGGCUCUUAAAUGUCCUGCAGCUGGCCAGGAUUGGAUACCACCUCUGACCCCUUUGUCUCCCAAGGCACGUUAUCCCCAGACAAAGACCGCCGCGGCACCGGGAACCCCCGCCCCACCUCCAGCACCAAUGAUGAACCAGAACAACCAAAACUCCACCAACAUCCCGUCACCGAGGAAGCACCGGGGCAGUCUCCUGCCCAGGAUGGCUAAGCGACAGCUUCCGAAGGCCGCGGAGCGGGCUGCCCCGAUGCCGAGCAACAUACCACAGCGAAUGCGGACCCUGGAGCCGGAUCUCGGCAAGGUGGAGCAGCACAGAGCCCACCUCGGUCACAACGAGGUACACAGUCAUCCUCAGACGCCCCACUACAACCACAGCCAACUGAUGAAUACCCCACAUGGUAGCGAGAGCACCAGUCCAGUGCGUCACCCUGGGGAUCGCGGGGGCAGCAACUGCUCCUCCGACCGCCGCAAGAUUAAGCUGGCGAAAGCCAUUCGGCUGCCGGACGAGCAGAACAAGAGCUUCAUCUACCUGUGCAAGCCGGAGAAGGGGAAGGUCAAAGAGAUCCUGACACCUCGGAAAUUGAGGACCAGCUGCGAACACCUCAUGGAUCAGAAGGAGCAGGGUGGGAAAGUCCGUCCUUCCAUUCUGGAGGAGGCUUUGCGCAGUAGGGCGGGCCAGGUGGAUGCCGCCAAUGCCGGCAUCUUCGAUAUGGCCCCCUUGAUGGAUAUGGAAGAGUACUCCUCCAGUUCGGCGUCCAGCCCAAUGAACAGCCCCACCGUAAAGACCCAGCUAGAGGAUCGGGUUGAGGCCGCCAAUAACCAGGAUCUGCGCCGCCAACUGAAGGAGGUGCGUAAUCGUCAGUGCCAUUUGCGCCAGCUGGAGCAAACUCAGAGCCCCAAGAACCGGCGACCAGAGGCAGAGAAUCAGAAUCUGCCGGCUCUGCAUCACGAGAUCCGCAUGCUGCAGGAGCUGGGAGAGAAGCUGGAAGCCACCUUGCGGGUGACAGCCACAACACAGAGGAAGACCGGAGGAGGUCUCAUAGGAGAAGUGGGAGAAAAAGAAGUUGCCGUGCCAGAAUUGAAUUUAACCAACCUCGUGGUAGAAGCCGAACCGGACAAGCAAUCCUCGAGCGUCUUCUACACUCCGCGCACCGGUCCCGUCCACUUUGAGGAGCUGCCCAUCACCCGGGUGGGGUACUUGAGGGUGGAGCACUGCUCGAUGGUCUGCCAGCGGGCCCGCAUCCUGGGCUUCUCGCAUAGCUUCGGUAUUGUCCGGGAGUACCGCAUCGAGACCAAGACCCUCAACGAGCUAAAGACCGCCGACGAUUCGCAGUGCUUCUACCUGCCCUCGCUCCGGGAUCGGAGCCAUCCGGUAGCUAAGCCAGUGGCUUCGGCCCUCGCCGUCGAAGAAGCCAGUGGCGGACCGUUGCAGUGCACCAACUUCCGGAUGCUGCGCGAGAAUCCAAAUUUCCUGCUACAGCAGCUGCGACCCCUGAGCCAUGGUCCGGCCCAGAAGCCGCCACCCACCUUCAACCUCAUCGACCAGGAUCAGAUGUUCUUCAAUAGCCUGGCCUACGUCGAUCCCAAGGCGGAGGCGGGGAUGCGGGGCAGCUCCCUGAAACUGGAGCGAGAGGCGGGGGGUGGUGGCAUCAACUACGGAGGCGGUGCCAUGGCCUGUUCGCGUCUCUCGGUGGUAACGGAAGUUGCCAAUAAAGGUAGAUUCCCUCUGGAGGCUCAGGAUUCCCUCUUGAGGAAGAUAAGCAGCAGUUUGGUCGUCCACAGCACAACCCAAACCGAUCAGGACGCCAAGACGGACACCGAUGCGGAUACAGCAGCUAAAAAGGAACCGGAAACGGAAGAGGACAUGCAGAAGAACCGCUUGAAGCUUUUGAAGAGAGCCAUACAGGAACCGGCAACGAAACUGCAACCGGAAUCUGACCCGGAACCGAUCACAACCAAACGCCGCCCAAAAUAUAAAGACACUCAACCGGAGCCCAGUAACAACAAUAACAACAAAAACAACGAUAAUAAGGAUAAUAAUAAUAUGAAGCUGAAGAAGAAGAGUUCCGGAUCGAUGGUGAGGCCCACAGGAAGGCAGGUGGCACCGGAAUCGCCCAUCGCCAACGGUCGCAAUGUAGAGCCCAAGGUGCGGAUGCCACUGCUCAAGACCGUUCUGGUGGGCAUGGUCCAGGUGACUGUCUUCCUUAUCCUGAUCAUGGCCUUCACCUAUCCGGAUAUAAGUUGCUAAGUUCAUUUUCCAGACCCAAAUCAGAUUCAACAAAUUACAUUUCAUAACCUAAAAAAACGCGAAGUUCAUCGGAGAGCUUGUGCCCCAAAACCCCCUCGAAAAAAAGCUGCAAAAAAUAGCAUUUUGGAAAGAUCGCCGAAACCUAAAUAUUGGAGCAAACCCUACCCGAUUCGGGGCUCUCGAGACCCGAAUCCGAAUCGGUUAUAUCAAGUUCUUAACCUUAAAUUUCUGAAUUUCUCGUUAACUUAAUAUCGAUGGCUUGUAGAACGAAAGAGGAAAGGGGACAGAUAGCUGAAGGUAAAGGACGAACGGAGAAAGAAAGAAAGAGCAAGAGACGAAGAAAAGGAUUAGGGGAAAGGGAUGCCAAGUCGAUCAAUGUUAAUAAAAUUUCAUGUGCAAUAUGAUA